UGUUUUUUUAAUUAUUCAAACCGAUAUAUCGUGUGGUGAUCGUGAUGCUAACUGUUUAGCAUUAUAUGUACUAGUGUGUAGCAGUGAGGGAGAAGCUGACGCCCCGUGUCUCAGCUGUUUAUGUCCUUUUCUUACAGUUGAACAUGCCAUCACUGUGUUUACUGCCCUGCCACUGCUCUUCCCAUCUGGCUCUGCAGCGCCCAAGAAACUGGUCCCAAUCAGUGAGGCUUUUUUCCACGUUCUCACGCGGAUGGAUAUGAACACGCUUGAGACCAGAACCUCCAUGGCACAAGUGGUGUUGGGCCUCACAAUGUUGGGCGACAACAUCGGCCACAUCGCCAAGGAGGAGAAGUUUGGCGGCAGUGUCGCAGUCAUCAACGUGGCCGCGGUGGUGAUUAUCCUUGAGGUCCAGUUGCUCCUGUUCCUUGGCUUCAUGUUGUGGAAAACACCAAGAAGCCAAGGGAGGGUUAAAAUGAUGAACUGGGCCUUCUUGGGCUGCAUCACUGCCCACAUGCUCUUAAGGGUGAUCAUCGCCGCCCUGCCAAAGGUGGUACAGGACGAGAGUGGAGGAAGGGUGGUCUCCGACCAAACUGGGCAGCCGUUUCCACCCGUCUGCAACUGCCGGGAAACGGUAAGGGGAGCACUCGGAGUUACUUCCCGAUGCGGUGAAGCAGGCGGUGGAUGCGGCACAGCCGGCAACGGCGACUCAGGGAGCGCAACGGCCAGAUCAAGCAAGUGGUUGUUAAAAGGAAUUGUGAAGCUCAUGGAAAGUCAGCUUAUAAAUAGAGCAGCUGCUAGGUGGAGGUCAGCGAAUACAGUAGCAGCUUCCACCCGUCUGCAACUGCCGCGACACGGUAAGGGAAGCAUUGGAGGAGUUGCUUCCGGAGGCGGUGAAGCAGGCCGUGGAAGUGGCACAGCCGCCAGCGAGGACUCCAGGAGCGCCAGAGGGUAAUAAAGUGCAGCAGGGUGGAGGUUCACCGAAAGAGUGGGGAACAAGACGAUGGAUGGAUGACCAAACAGGAUAAAGUUUUAAUCAAUUAAUUAGUUUUGUUUGUUUGUAGUUUGUUUUAAUAGUUAAUUGUUUUGUUCUAAUUUUAUUUGUAUGUAUAAAUAUUUGUUUUAAAUAUACACAAGUUGAAAGACUCUUGUUUUAAUAGUUAAAUAGUUCAUUGUGUCGCUCAUAUGCUGCUAAUUGUAAUAUAGUUUUUUGAUGUUUCAGUUGUUUUGUUUGUUGUUGUUUAUUUAUUGUUUUUAAUUUUGUUCUUAUUUCAUUUGUAUGUGUAUAUAUUUAAAUUUUAAAUACACUUCAUAAGUUGACAACAUGUUGGUGGUUUUAUUUACCUUUGGAUUAGUUUUCAGAUAUAAUAAAAGCUCCCCUGUACUUGUGUGCAUCCUCUGUUCUUCUGACAGGUUAAAAUAAAAUAAACUCGUUCAAAUGAACAUUGCUUGAGGUUUUACAUUCAAUAAUUACAUGAAUACUGAGUUUGCCUCCCCUGAACUAAUGGGUGUUUAAAUUCAGUUCUAAUCAUAUGUAGUGAUGCGGUACUUACAGUUAUCAGUUUUACUGCUGAUCAGAACUGCUGAGGGAUUUUAAUCACAUGUCUUUUGUCUUAGUGAGUUUAUCUACACACCAGUAACGGAUGUCUCUUUAUACUCGUUAUAAUGUCUCUUUAUGCUCCUGUUUUUCACAGUUCCUCUGGUCCUGUCUGUCACUCGUCAGUAUUACCUGAUCCAGCAGGGGAAAACCUGGAGUGAUGCUCAGGCUUACUGCAGAGACACACACACUGACCUGGCUAUCAUCGACAGUAAUGACAACAUGGUCCGACUUCAGAAGGAAGCACAGAGACAACAAUUCGGUUCCAGUGCUUGGAUUGGACUCUACAAUCCCAUCAACAGCUGGUGCUGGUCCAUGGGGAAUAAACCACUGGGAAGCGUUCAGAUGGAGAUGGAGUUCAGGUCAACACGACAACUUUGGUGAGGAGUGUGGUGCGCUUGCUCCCUGGGGUUGGGUGGAUGUGCCCUGUACUUGGUCAAUCCCUGCUGUCUGUUUAGAUGGCAGUUAUACUGGACAUCAGAACUACAUUUACAUCUCUACUACUAUGUCAUGGCUUGAAGCUCAGACUUCCUGUAGACAGCACCACACAGACUUGUCAAGCUCAAGUGAUGCAAAUGAAGACUCAGUUAUAAAGGCACUGGUCUCAGGCUGGGCUUUAAUUGGUCUGUUCAGAGACUCCUGGAAGGUGACAGACCAAACCAAUUUUCUCUACCAUCAGCUGGAUGACUGGAAAACCUGAUCAUGCCCUGAAGAAUGAAAACUGUGGUUAUAUAAAUAACGGUCAGGCUGCUGAUGCUCUGUGCUCAGACAUAAUGUGUUUCUUGUUUUUGUGAUUUUUUCCAUGUCAAUGUUUUUUUUUUGUCAUUUUGUUUUGUUAUCCCUGCAUUUGGGUUGUUUUUUAUUCUUGCCAUGUCAACUGCAUCUCUGACAGGAUAAAGGAAUCUGCCAAGUGUCAUAAAUAUAAAUGUACUUUAUUCUUUUGAGAAUAAAGACUUGAACAGUUUCACCAUCCUGUUGCCAGCAAUACCCAAUGCUCCCAUACAUGUGUUUUCUGUGUACAAGACUCGAUGCUCCCAAACAUGUUCAUGCUAUUGCCAAAGAAAGUGUCACUCACCAAACGCUUCCAGUCACACUCCAGGUCAGACUUGUUUGUUUUUCUCCAGAUUAAGGACACCAGGCCUAAAUCUCUGUUGGGAGGAAAUAUAGCGCACACACAUUUUAUUAAACAAAGUAUAAAAUUGGCUGUCACUUCCUUGCUGUUAUUUACUAUUCCACAAUAUGUAUAUAUUUGUAUUAAUGUGUGAUAUUUAUGUACUGUACUGUGUUCUGUUGUCAACAUAUUUGUGGUGAGAUAAAAUGACAAUAAUGUUGACCAAAAUUCUGAUUUGGUUUAAUCAAAUGUUUAUGUAAAGUAGCACAAAGGAAAUAAAUGAUUUGCAUAAAACAAAGAAA